AUGCCAAACAGGCAUGUAAAUCCCAUGCUUGUCAAGCUGGUGCACAGUCAGGCAAUACAUCUGGGGAUAACUGAGAAGACACUGUCCUACCACCCAAUACUGUCCUGGACAGAAAUUGCAAGUAUCGGUACAUGUCACAGCAUGCCUGGCCAGACUUUGAGGUCAACAACACAGAGUGGCACUGGGACAAAGAUCACUGGGACCUGCGCAAAACUGUCAGGGACAGGCCAGAUGGAAUCAUACUGCUCAAUUGUAUUCCUGCCCCCCCUCCCAAAAAUGACAUUGAGAUGGGGCAGGAUCUGUCUUGGACAAUUUGAACUCACCCAUAUGCAAGAGCAUGAUCUUUGGGAACCUGGCAUGACAGAAGCCAAACUGCAAUCUGUUUGGUGCUUGUGCUACAAACAAGAGCAACAAAACAGGUCAACCAAAAACCACAAGCAUGAGGACUUCUAUUUUCAACACAAUGAUGAAGAUGACAAUUUCGAGGUUCUCAUCAUCCAAGGACACCUCUGGGAUGAGGAGUUGCAGCAAAUCAUGUAUGCCCUGCAAUGGAAAGAUGAGGAACUAGAGGAGGUGGUGGUUGACUUGCUGGAUGGUGCCCAAGGCUAUCCCCAUCCCUGGAGCGAUCAGGAAGGAGAGGAGGCCACCAGCAUAUUCCAAUUCCUGUGGAGAAAGCCUCAUUCCACCCUCAUUGACACUGCGUGUGUGGCACUGUACAUCUAUUGGAAGGGAGUCCCUACCUUGGAACCCAUGCUUCAGCAACCAGAAUUUCAAGAACUGCUUGACACCCUGGGCCACCCAGACAGAAUCAAGCACUUGGACCAUGAGAUUUGCAAUAUCUGCUGGAUGAGGUGCCCAGCCAUGGCUCUCAUCAAGUGUUCAGCAUGCACCUGA